AAUGGCAGAAAGCUCUCUAUUCUAUUGGGGGUUCUGAGGUGAAAAAGUGGCCUCUGCAGCUACGAAGAGCUGUGCCCGAUGGGAUGCCUGCUAGCAACAGUGGAACUUCAUUGCAGCAACAAGAGAUGAGUUUAGUACAAGAGAGAACCCUACCUUCUUCACCUGGUCAUUUGUACAGUCCUCACUCAAAGGCUUCUGCUUUCAUGAAAGGUGGUUUGGGACAAGCCUCUGGUAGAAAACAGAUAAUGGGUGGUCAGACUAUGGUGGACACCUCUAGGGGUUUACUUCAAUGGGUGCAAAGCAUCACUUUCAUCUCCGUUUCAGUUGAUCAUUCUUUACACCUAGUUUGUCAUGCAGAUUCAACAUCUCCUGGGGCAACUCAAAGUACUGGUAUGGUGGCUCAGUCAGGCUAUCUCGAAGGUUUCACUCCUGUGAAGUCUCUCGGUUCAACAUCUGCAUCUUAUAUUUUGAUCCCCUCGCCCAGCAUGCGCUUUCUACCACCAACACCUCUGCAGCUGCCCACAUGCCUCACUGCAGAAUCCCCACCACUGGCCCAUCUUCUACACAGUAAAGGCUCUGCAAUUCCCCUCUCUACUGGAUUUGUUGUUUCGAAAGCUGUACCCUCUAUGAGAAAAGAAUCUAGGAGCUACUCAAAAGAAGAAUGGCCUUCAGUUCUUUCUGUCAAUCUUAUUGAUUAUUAUGGAGGUAACAGCAUUACCCAAGAAAAAAUGGUGAAAGGGGUUGCCAAGCCAGGAGGAAGGGAUUUAAGUUUGGAAGCUAAAGAUUUUGAAAUAGAAACUCAUCUGAUUCUUGAGUGUGUGGCUGCAGAACUUCAUGCUCUAUCGUGGAUGACUGUGAGCCCAGCUUACUUGGAAAGGCGAUCAUCGCUGCCUUUUCACUGUGACAUGGUUUUGAGGCUUAGAAGGCUGCUUCAUUUUGCUGAUAAGGAACUCUCUAGGCAGCCAGAGAAGUCACAAGUUUAG